ACAGAGAGAACUAUUAUAAACAAAAUUAAUGUAAUAUAAUUUUUAUUUUAACUAUAAAAAUAUAAAAAUUAUUUAAAAUUGAUAAUGUGCAUAAAGCGGCUGCACUAGGCAUGAGCCAGAAAGGACGAAAGUGAUGAGUCCAUAUAAAUGCAUGAACUUUGUAGUUAACAGUUGGUCUCUGUGAGUGUGUGUUAAUGAAAAUGGUGAAGGAAGUGGAGGUUGCUUCCGUUGAAGUUGAAAUGGGUACCCAACACAUUUCACAACCACAGAGGCGCAAGGGUGGUCUUAUUACCAUGCCUUUCAUCAUUGCAAAUGAGGCACUUGCAAGGGUGGCUAGUUUGGGCCUUCUUCCCAACAUGAUAGUGUAUUUGAUGGGGAGCUACAAGCUUCAUCUAAGCAACGCAACCCAGAUACUUUUAUUGUCCUCUGCUGCAAGCAAUUUCAUGCCUGUGGUGGGUGCUUUCAUUGCCGAUUCUUAUCUGGGUCGAUUCCUCGCUGUUGGGUUAGGUUCUACCAUAAGCUUCCUGGGAAUGACAGUGCUAUGGUUAACAGCCAUGAUCCCACAGGCACGGCCUCCUAGUUGCAGCCAACGAUCUGAAAGUUGUAAAUCUGCAACAUCAGGGCAAAUGGCAAUCUUUAUCUCUGCCCUUGCUCUCAUGGCCAUUGGAAAUGGAGGCCUUUCAUGCUCCUUAGCAUUUGGUGCAGACCAGGUGAAUAGAAAAGAUAACCUCAAUAACUCCAGGAUCUUGGAAAUGUUCUUCAGCUGGUAUUAUGCUUUUGCUGCUAUUUCUGUCAUAAUUGCUCUCACAGUAAUAGUAUACAUCCAAGAUCAUCUUGGAUGGAAAGUGGGUUUUGGAGUUCCAGCAGCACUUAUGUUCUUAUCCACUGUCUUCUUCCUCCUUGCUUCUCCACUUUAUAUAAAGAAUAAAGUACAAACCAGCUUGAUCACUGGUUUUGCACGAGUGAUUGUUGUGUCCUUUAAGAACAGAAAACUUCCCUUACCACCUAAGAGCUCGCCUGAACUUUACCAUCACAAGAAGGACUCGGAUCUUCUCCUUCCAACUGAUAAACUAAGGUUUCUGAAUAAAGCUUGUGUUAUUAAAGAUCCAGAAAACGAUAUAGCCUCUGAUGGUUCAGCAUCGAAUCCGUGGAGUCUAUGCACAGUAGAUCAAGUGGAAGAACUAAAAGCCCUUAUUAGAGUUAUUCCCUUGUGGUCUACAGGGAUCAUGAUGUCACUUAACAUUGGAGGCUCAUUUUCAUUGCUGCAAGCUAAAUCUCUGAACAGACAUAUCACCUCACACUUUCAAGUUCCACCUGGCUCUUUCACUGUAAUCAUGAUAGUUACAAUAUUUUUAUGGAUAGCACUCUAUGACCGUGCCAUUCUUCCUCUUGCAUCAAAGAUAAGAGGCAAACAAGUUAGGAUCAGUGCAAAGAGAAGAAUGGGACUUGGGUUGGUCUUCUCUUUUCUUCACUUGGUAACUGCAGGAAUUGUUGAGACUACUAGGAGAAGGAGAGCAAUCAAAGAGGGAUAUCUUAAUAAUGCUAAUGCAGUGUUGAACAUGUCUGCAAUGUGGCUUGCCCCACAACUUUGCUUGGGUGGAAUAGCUGAAGCAUUCAAUGCAAUAGGCCAAAAUGAAUUUUAUUAUACUGAGUUUCCUAGAUCUAUGUCCAGCGUUGCUUCUGCCCUUGGUGGACUGGGAAUGGCUGCAGGAAACUUGGUAUCUAGUUUUGUAUUCAGCGUUAUAGAAAACGUUACUUCAAAAGGGGGAAAAGAAGGUUGGGUUUUGGAUAAUAUUAACAAGGGUCGUUAUGACAAGUACUAUUGGGUUAUUGCGGGAAUCAGUGCUCUUAAUAUAAUGUAUUAUAUACUAUGCAGUUGGGCUUAUGGACCUACCGCUGAUCAAGUACGUAAGUUAACUCAAGAACAUAGCUCGAGAGUAGAAGCAUCAAGUGAAUUUGAGGAGGAUAAAGUUGACAUGGCAUCCAAAGAAAUUGAUUUAAAGGAAAAAGAGUUAACUGAGUUGAGAAAUGGGUGUCAGGUUGAAAAAGAAUCCAACGUUAGUGAAGAAAAUGACUCACAUAAGAAAGAGUUAACUACUUAUUAGUAGAGUCAGGAUGAAUGUGAGGAGGAAGAAUACGUGGAGAUAAUAGACGUUGAAGUUGCAAAAUUUGUCUUGAAUUACUCCACCACCCAUAUUGAUGAUCGAGCAAACCCUUGCUACCCUAAGAUUCAGGGUCAAAUUUGCAUAACCAUGUUCCUGUUUCCACGUUUUGACCAGUAGUCGCAGAUACAUGAAAGCAAUAAAUGCAUCGAUAAAUAGUCAUUUGUUUAUGUAUAAUCCAUUUGUGUAUGAAGAUGCAGAUUUGCUGCAUAUUAUAUAUAGUUGUAAUGAUAGUAGAAAUGUUAUAGACCUUAAAUUUGUUCUUGAGAAUCCACUCAACGGUUUUAGUUUUAUUGAAAGAGAGAGAUUAUUUUAAGCCACGGAGGAGUAAUCAUUUUUUCGUUUCUAAGCAGAAAUUUUCAUAGGGUCAUUUUAAACUCUACAAUCUAUUUAAAAUAUAAAAUGAUUGUGGGAGCUGAUUUCUCUUUUGGGCUAUUGGAACUUGGAACUAAUAUUAAAAUUGAAUGAAUAAUGAAAUCCAAUU